AUGAGUUCCUAUUUUGUGAAUCCCACUUUCCCCGGGAGCCUGCCCAGCGGCCAAGACUCCUUCUUGGGCCAGCUGCCCCUCUACCAGGCCGGCUAUGACGCGCUGAGGCCCUUCCCGGCCUCUUACGGGGCGUCGAGCCUCCCGGACAAGACGUACACCUCACCUUGUUUCUACCAACAGUCCAACUCGGUCCUGGCCUGCAACCGAGCGUCCUACGAGUACGGGGCCUCGUGUUUCUAUUCUGAUAAGGACCUCAGUGGCGCCUCGCCCUCGGGCAGUGGCAAGCAGAGGGGCCCUGGGGACUACCUGCACUUUUCUCCCGAGCAGCAGUACAAACCCGACAGCAGCAGCGUGCAGGGCAAAGCCCUCCAUGACGAAGGCACCGACCGGAAGUACACGAGCCCUGUUUACCCUUGGAUGCAGCGGAUGAACUCCUGCGCGGGUGCUGCGUACGGGAGCCACGGGCGCCGAGGCCGCCAGACCUACACGCGCUACCAGACCCUGGAGCUGGAGAAGGAGUUCCACUUCAACCGCUACCUGACGCGGCGCCGCCGCAUCGAGAUCGCCCACGCGCUCUGCCUCACCGAGCGCCAGAUCAAGAUCUGGUUCCAGAACCGCCGCAUGAAGUGGAAGAAAGAGAAUAAACUCAUCAAUUCCACGCAGCCCAGCGGGGAGGACUCUGAGGCAAAGGCGGGCGAAUAGACGCCCUGGCAGGGACCAGGCCAGCGCUGCUACUUCCUUCCGAUGUGCCCCCUUGCCCUGGCCUGCUCUUCAACUUUUCUCCCUGCCUGCUCCCAUCGGGGGCUUCCGCAGCUUCAGGGGAGCCCGGAGCUUUGCAAGCGCCUGAGAAUUUAUUUCUUACAAAAACAAAACAAACAAA